AUGUUUGAGAGCAUCACAGACUGGGCCCUACCACCCGACCAGACGUCCAAUCCGGCACAGAAAAACUACGGAGUCGCAGUUACUGAUGUGGAUCAUGACGGGAACAUGGAGUUCGUCGUCGCUGGCUACAACGGCCCCAACCUAGUUCUAAAGUGGAACGCCGAAACCCAGAGGUACGAGAACAUCGCCGUGGACGAUCCCACCUCACCCUACUACCCUCUGCGUGACGUCAGAGGUGACGCAAUCGGCGUGGCGGCGUGCGACAUCGACGGAGACGGCUGGGAGGAGAUCUACUUCCUCAACCUCAACCACAGCUACUCCGGAGGGCCCACCACCGGACACCGGCUGUUUAAGUUCCACCGGGGCCGGUAUGUGGACGUGUUCGCGGAGAGCUAUAACCGGGCCGUGGACGGGCGGUUCGCGGGCAGGUCUGUGGCCUGUAUAGACAGGAAGGGAAACGGCCUGUACUCCGUGUAUGUGGCCAACUACGCGAGCUACAACGUCGGGCCGCAGGGUCUCAUAGAGAUGGAUCCGGACACUAGCGACCCUGGGAACGGGAUCAUCAGGCUCAAAAACGUCGCUAAGGAGGCUGGGGUCGAGAAGCUCACAGGCGGCCGUGGCGUGACGGUGGGCCCGAUUGUGAACGAGAGGAACAUGACGGACAUCUUCUGUGGGAACGAGAGGGGGCCCAACUUCCUGUUCGAGAACCAGGGAGACGGGACCUUCCGGGACAUAGCGGAGCAGGCUGGAAUUCUUGAUGCUGACCGACACAACGACCACUGGCAUUCCCGUAACGGCCGCGGGGUGGCGCUGGCGGACUUUAACGGGGACGGGUUGGUGGACAUCGUGAACGGGAACUGGAUGGGCCCGCACCGGCUGUGGAUUCAGCAGAGAAGCUGGGACGGAACUGCUACAUUCAGGGAUGUCGGCGGGAACAAUGCUGCUUUCCAGAACCCCUCCCCGGUGAGGACGGUCAUCGCCAAUGACUUUGACAACGAUGGGCAGAUUGAGGUCUUCUUCAACGACAUCGUCAACUGGCGUCACGGACCAACUGCUCCGAACAGGUUGUUCAAGGUCACCCGGCAGGAGGCGCAGCAGGACCCUACCAUUGACCAGUUGGAUAUAGGGGACGCCCUGGAACCGAACGGGUACGGCACAGGUGGUGCAGCUGCCGAUUUGGACGGUGACGGCCAGUUGGAGUUGAUCCUGGCGCACGGGGAAUCGAACACGCAACCUCUGACCGUCUUCCGGGUCACCCAAGGUCAGGACAACAACUGGAUCCGGGUCAACCCGACCACCAAGUUCGGAGCUCCUGCCCGGGGGUCAAGGGUCACCAUCCGUACGGCCAGCGGUGACCUUCAGCUUCGUGUGAUCGACGGGGGGUCCGGGUACCUGUGUCAGAUGGAGCCGAUAGCCCACUUUGGUCUGGGGACGGACACAGCCGUACAGGUGGAGGUCACGUGGCCUGACGGACGCCAGUUCUCGCGAGAGUUGGACCCACGCGAGAUGAGAACAACUGUGACCAUCAAACACCCGGAUGUAGAGAGUAUGGAGAUGCGAGGGAUAAGACGACCUCGCUGUGUGCCUAUUACAUGUGGGGAUCCCCCCUCAUUGGAAAAUGGACAAGUCCAAGGGGAGGGCCGGAGGUACAAGGACGUUGUCACCUACAGUUGCAGUGCCGGGUACCGCCUACAGGGGGCGCCUUCAGCUGUGUGCCAGGCUGGGAAGCAGUGGGUCUUUACCGCCAGUGACGUGCCAAGAUGCGUGCAGCUGCCAACGUGGGAUCAGGUGACGUUUUCGGAGCUGACCGCUGGGCUGGCGUCACGUGAGCUGCUGGUUAUCGACGUGCGGCGGCCGGAGGAACUGCAGCGGGACGGAGCGAUCCCGUUAGCCGUCAACAUCCCAAUGAGUCAGUUGGAGUCCGCCCUACUGAUGUCAGCCGAGGUCUUCCAGCAGCGGUUCGGCGUCCCGAAGCCUCGACUUGAUGCCGACAACAUCGUCUUCACCUGCCGAACCGGCCGGAGGGCGCGGCGGGCUCAGAGACUCGCGCGGCGGUUAGGGUACACUAGGUAAGGGCUUCAGUUCCAGUAGGCAAGGAA